AUGUCAUAUCCACCAUAUUUCUACGGGAUAUAUCUUUUCAGCGUGUCUUUCGUGUUAUACAAAGCCUAUCAAUUGUUUAGCCGAAAUCCUCUACACGAACUAGAUGGCCCGCCGUUGACAAGGAUAUUGGGAGGACAUAUGUCUCUAGUGUUAGAUCCAGGUCGAUCGCCGCUCGCGCAUGAGCGUUUCGUGAAAGAGUACGGCCGGAAUGUCCGUAUCCAAGGCAUCCAUCCUUGGGAUGUGCGCCUCCUGCCCAUGGACCCCGUCUCCGUUGCACAUGUCCUGAAGAACUCGACCGUGUACGAAAAGCCAUGGCAGUCCCGCCGUCUCAUCACGGGCCUCAUUGGCUGUGGGCUUCUCGCUGCAGAAGGGCAAAUGCACAAGCGUCAGCGCCGUGUCGUGACUCCUGCUUUCUCAAUUCAAAACAUGCGCGCGUUGGUGCCGCUGGUGUUCUGCAAGGGAGAAGAACUACGGGAUAAGUGGAUGGAGAUGAUUGAAGCGCAAAAUAAGGCGCAGAAAGAGGACGUAAAUGGAACGUCUAUGGUGCUCGAUGUGUCCCAUUGGAUUAGCAGGGCAACAUUUGAUGUGAUCGGUCUAGCGGGAUUUGACUAUCAAUUCAACGCGAUACAAAAUGAAUCGAACGAGCUCUUCUGUGCGUACAAGGAUAUGUUCGAGGUAGCAAUCUCCCAAGGUCAGAGCAUAAAGUCUAUCGCGAGCAUUUACCUUCCUAUCAUCAGCCGCAUCCUUCCUGACAAGCAGUUUCUUGCCGUCCGCCAAGGCCAAGAGACCAUUCAGCGUGUGGCAAGUCAGCUGGUACAAGAAAAAAAGCGCAAGAUCCUGAAAGGGGAGCAAACUGGAAAGUCUUACGAGGGCAAGGAUCUUCUCACUCUUCUCCUCAAAUCGAACGUUGCGACAGACUUGCCUGAAGAACAACGCAUCUCUGACGAUGACAUCCUGCACAACAUCAACACUUUCAUGUUCGCGGGGUCAGACACGACAUCUCUUGCUCUCACCUGGACGCUCGUUCUUCUUGCUAAGUUCCCUGACUGGCAAAUCCGGUUGCGUAAUGAACUGCUCUCCAUCCGCCCGUCCACUCCGCAUGCUACCCUCUGCGCUGAUGAAGUAGAGUCCCUCUACACCGUGCUCUCUGCGCUCCCAUUGCUGCACAACGUCUGCCGCGAGUCAUUGAGACUGAUCCCUCCUGUGCACUCCUCGCUCCGAGUCGCGACGCGGGAUGACGUCGUGCCGGUGUCAGCACCAUUCACCAGCAAGGACGGGAUCCUGCGGGACAGCAUACUGGUACCGAAUGGGACGUUCGUCCACAUCCCGGUCGAAGCCAUGAACUUGGACAAGGAGAUCUGGGGGCCAGAUGCAUGGCAGUUCAAUCCUGACCGCUGGGAUAGCUUGCCCGAUGCUGCCGCUGCGCUUCCCGGGUUGUUCUCCAACACAUUAACAUUUUCUGCGGGUCCACGGUCGUGUAUUGGGCAACGGUUCUCGAUGAUCGAGAUGAAAACCUUCCUGUACAUCUUGCUCACCGACUUCGCCUUCUCGGAGAGCGGGGAAAAGGUCGUGAAAGCGAAUGUCGUGUUGACGAGACCGUACAUCUCUGGGCGAUUUAAGGACGGCAGCCAGUGCCCUUUGGUCGUCCGACCCUAUGUCGCGGCAUGAGAGAUCUGCGAGUGUGGAGAGUUGUGAGAUGAGUAUUUAUAGCGUUCGUUCGUGCUCUAUUUCCGGGUCUCGUCCUUUUUAUAUACUGCGUGUAUUUCUAGUGUGAUGUUGUACUUCCUCGUAAAUUGUGCCUAUGCCAUGGCAGAUAACAUG